CAGGCGCGGAUUCCGCUCCCGCCAGCCACCCUUCAUUCCGUCAGCGCAGGCAGGUGUAUGCUGUCCACACGCGCGCAGAGCCACCGGCAUCCAGUAACGGCAGCCCUACUCCACUCCCCGCGCGCUUCCGUCCAGGCUUCGGUCCAUCCAGCCACGGUCCUGCCUGCAUCCCACCGCCCUCGGGCUCGGAUAAGGCGCAGCGUGCUGCAUGAUGCAACACCCAGCGAUCGAUAGUGAGCCACCUGGUGCCUCGGUCCGGCCGCGGACACCCGCGACACCCGCGGCGCCGCGACCCUCUCCGGUCUAUGGGUAGGGGUCUGUGGGUUGGAGCACCCACCUGGCGAACUUCCCGGACGCGCCGCGGGGCACAGCACAGUACCCUCUGCCACGAGGUCCAAGGCGUGUCAUCCGCCGCCGUCACGAGCUGCCCGGCGUCCCCCAGAGUGGUCCCGCGGCAGGUGGCCGGCUGGGGAUAGCGCAGCGCCCGGCGCACGCCGGCUGCCGCGCCCACCUCUCUUCUCCCCUGGAUUUCCCUGAUGUGCCCUGGCCUGUCUACACCCCUUACCUAGGGCCCCAGGGCAUUUUUUUUUCCUGUGAAGUCUCGCCUGGGUGGGCUUCCUUGGGACCGGGCUUGGCCCGAAAAGGCAGAGUUUUUCAAGCAUCAUGAGUUUGGAGUGGAAGUAAUUUCUUCUGUCAUCACAGCGGCGACCAAGUCUUCUCAGCGUGGUGCUUGCUGCCUAGUAGGACCUUUCCUGGUAGGAGCCUGAAGCCCCCAGCUUAUCACUCCUGAGACAUCUUCGCUCCAAGACCCAGGCGAUUGUCGAGGAGACAAGGUGACAAGUCCUUGGAUCAUAUUCCAGAUUUGACCAGCAGGAUGGGGUGCAAGAGGCUGUACAGCCUGGGUCAGCAGAUGCUGAGGCGGAAGGUGGUGGACUGCAGCCAUGAAGAGAGCCGCCUGUCCCGCUGCCUGAACACCUUUGACCUGGUGGCGCUGGGGGUGGGCAGCACGCUGGGCGCUGGCGUGUACGUCCUGGCCGGAGCUGUGGCGCGUGAGAAUGCGGGCCCUGCCAUCGUCAUCUCCUUCCUGAUUGCUGCACUGGCCUCCGUGCUGGCUGGCCUUUGUUACGGCGAGUUUGGCGCUCGUGUGCCCAAGACCGGCUCGGCCUACCUCUACAGCUACGUCACCGUCGGGGAGCUCUGGGCCUUCAUCACAGGGUGGAACCUCAUUCUGUCCUACAUCAUCGGUACUUCAAGCGUGGCAAGAGCCUGGAGUGCAACAUUUGAUGAGCUGAUUGGCAAACCCAUCGGGGAGUUCUCUCGGACACACAUGGCUCUGAAGCUCCCCGGAGUGCUGGCCGAAAACCCAGACAUCUUUGCUGUGAUUAUAAUUCUCAUCUUAACAGGACUUUUAACUCUCGGCGUGAAAGAAUCAGCCAUGGUCAACAAAAUAUUCACCUGUGUCAACGUUCUGGUCCUGGGCUUCAUCAUGGUGUCAGGAUUCGUGAAAGGAUCACUUAGAAACUGGCAGCUGUCGGAGGAGGAUUUCCAGAACACGACUGGUCACUUGUGCGGCAAUGACACAAAGGCAGGGAAAUUCGGGUUCGGGGGCUUCAUGCCCUUCGGCUUCUCCGGUGUCCUGUCAGGAGCAGCGACCUGCUUUUACGCCUUCGUGGGCUUCGACUGCAUCGCCACCACAGGUGAAGAAGUCAAGAACCCCCAGAAGGCCAUUCCUGUGGGCAUCGUCGCCUCCCUCCUGAUUUGCUUCAUUGCCUAUUUCGGGGUGUCGGCUGCCCUCACACUCAUGAUGCCGUACUUGUGCCUGGACAAGGACAGCCCCCUGCCUGACGCCUUCAAGCACGUAGGGUGGGAAGGCGCCAAGUACGCAGUGGCCGUCGGCUCCCUCUGUGCUCUGUCUACCAGCCUUUUGGGUUCCAUGUUUCCCAUGCCUCGAGUUAUCUAUGCCAUGGCUGAAGAUGGACUGCUAUUUAAAUUUUUGGCUAAAAUCAAUGAGAGGACCAAAACACCAAUAAUUGCCACAUUAACAUCAGGUGCCAUUGCUGCUGUGAUGGCCUUUCUCUUUGACCUGAAGGACUUGGUGGACCUCAUGUCCAUCGGCACUCUCCUGGCUUACUCUUUGGUGGCUGCCUGUGUGUUGGUCUUACGGUAUCAGCCAGAGCAACCUAACAUGGUAUACCAGAUGGCCAGAACCACCGAGGAGCUGGACCAAAUAGACCAGAAUGAAUUGGUGAGCACCAGCGAUUCCCAGACAGGCUUUUUACCAGAAGCAGAAAGGUUUUCUUUGAAAAGUAUACUUUCACCCAAAAACAUGGAGCCCUCCAAAAUCUCUGGGUUAAUUGUGAACAUUUCAACCAGCCUCAUAGCAAUUUUUAUCAUCAUCUUCUGCAUCGUGGCUGUGAUGGGAAAGAAGGCUUUUGCAGACGGGGCCUUGUGGGCAGUCUUUAUACUCGUUGGCUCUGCCAUCCUAUGCUUAGUGGUCACAGUCAUCAUCUGGAGACAGCCUGAGAGCAAGACCAAGCUCUCGUUUAAGGUGCCCUUCCUGCCAGUCCUUCCUGUCCUGAGCAUCUUCGUGAACAUCUAUCUCAUGAUGCAGCUGGACCAAGGCACGUGGGUCCGGUUUGCAGUGUGGAUGUUGAUAGGCUUUGCCAUCUACUUCGGCUAUGGACUGUGGCACAGCGAGGAGGCAUCCCUGGCCACUGGCCAAGCAAGGACUCCUGAUGGCAAUUUGGACCACUGCAAGUGACACACGGCUCUGUGUCCUGGAGGUGACAGCGGCCCUGAGGGAUGCCCACGGAGGACUCAGAAGCAUCUCGCUGUCUCCACAAACGCAACAGGACCCGCCUACAACCACCAGGCCCCCGAGUGGCAAAGGUGCAGUACCUGGACUGUAGCCUCACCCCAUGGCGUGGGGCCUGCCCGGUCUUGCUCUGCAGCAGGCUCAUCAGGCCCUGGUCACCUCUGACAGCUCCCUGGCCAGGGCCACUUGGCUGUGGCUGGCCACUGCACCUCUUAUCCUCCCUCUUCACAGAGAAAGCAGAUCCUCUCCUGCUGUGCUGCUGUAGAAAGGAGGCGGCCAGGGCUCUGCCGCCAGGCACCGUUCUGGAGUCGAACACGCACCUACCCCAGACUUGCAGUAGCCAUCUCCCUGCUCAGCCCCAAACAGCCGGCCAUAGAUGCAAGACAAGCACCACAAAAUAGUGCAUCCCCACACGUCCACCCCAGCAGUUUACCCAACAAGGAAAAACGUGACUGGUUUCCUUCCUCUGCCCUGCCCUCCAAGUAGCUUCCAGAGGGGCCUUAGGACUGUGACCCCUUCUCCACUUCCCCUCCACGCAGGGGCUCUGCUUUGCCACCUUGACAGACCCCAGCCCACUCUAGUGCAGGAGCGCCACUGUGGGAGCGAGGCUGGGGGUGCCGUGUCCACUCCAGGCUGCGUGUGCACAGGGAGCCCCCAUCAGCCACUUGCCCUCCGGCCUGGCCUGUUCCUGCUGCUCUGGCGUAUCACCGCUGGCUGCGUGUCCUGAGUAACUGGAAUGUGACACUGUGUUCACGUACAAUCGGCCUCAAGUGAGCAGAGCUCAAAACACCGUUUUCUGUGGGUCUCUGCCAUUCACUAAGUCCUGCCCUCUGAUGAUUUCGGGUCAGUGCCUGGGGUCUUAUAAGGUUCCCAGAACAGGUGUCUGCUUGUUCUGAGGUGAUGGUGACCAGUCCUGGCCACCGUGAUCUGUUUGACCCCUCUUGUAAGUGUGAUCAAAUUGAGUCCUCCUGUUAGUUUCUGUGAAUCACUCCAGCAAAUACGUUGGUGCUUAAGGGUAACUUGGAAAAUGGCCAAAUAAUUAAUUACUUGGUGCCAUCGGCAUGUUGAGAGUGUGGGGCCCCCACGUGAGACAGUUGGGGUCGUAUUGCUGUCCCUCUGGUGUAUUCAUGCUCCAAACGCCAGGUUUGUGUAUGGGUUUGUAGUCCUGCCUGGACCUCAUGCCUCCAGAAGUCUCUCUACAGAGCACACUUCCCCACUCCCACCCCCACCCCUGUGGCGGAAGAAGCCAGAGGGGACAGGGAUGCUGGCCGAGUCCUGCAGCUGGAGUGUAAUUCAGGGGACAGAAGCUUCUGUGUUGAUGGAACUGAGGGAGACACGUAUUUGGGGCACCACAGAAAAUGUAAAUGCUGCUUUCAGAGCUCAGUCUCCAUUUCUCCCCUGCCCACCCCCCACCUGCCUCACCGCCCCACCCCAGCCUUUGCGCAAAUCUGUGUGAGUAGGAAGAAGCCUGGUAAGUUGACAACACUUUACCGCAAAAUGUUCUUGGAGAAAAUUUUAAGAAUUUGUAAAAUAGCCAAAUGGCUGGUUGGCCAGCGAAGGGCAGGCAGUAGGCAACCCAAGGCUGAGCCACUGUGGUUCAGACCACAGGUGGGGAACCCCAAAAGUUCCAAGCUUGGUUUCCCAAAGAAACAUCUUAAUUUAUGUAGAUUGGUGCUGUAAACUAUUUUGAUAAAUAUUAUUUUGUUUGGGUUGUCUGCUCUCUUCUUGGGGCCUAUUAGCUGUUUGCUUAAUUUGUCUGGUAUUUUUCCACAUAAGCAAAAUACUGGAGGGAGAGUGUGUCUAAGUUGUUUUUUUUUUUUUAACUUUAAUUUCCCUUCUGGCUGAAAUUUCCACACAAAACAGUGCCCAAAAGACUGUGAUUAUAGCCGACCUUUUCACUAAUAAGGUCUGUUGUUCUGCGCAUUGAAAAGAGUGCAUCGCCCCCCUCACUGUCUCAUGCAUGAGACCCCCCAACAGGCACGUCUGCCUUUCUUCAGCCCAGAGCCAGCGGUGCUCACAGAAGACUGUGGCUUCGUCUAAGGAAAAGCCCUGCACCCUCCCAUCAGAGCAGGGCCCCAGGGCGACUCGGACCCAGUGCGCAUGCUCCCCUUGCUGCGCAGUGCUCUUGUGGAGAGCCGUGUGUUCUCUGUGUCUGGGGGCCAUGGGUAGGGAGGGGGUGGGGUUCACCACUCCCAUUCGAAGUGAAUGCACUUCUUAUCAUGCUCCCCACUACUGUCCCUGAAAUACACACGCAGGCAAAAGGGAAACCCACCAAAGGUGCCGCUGCCCCUCACCAAACAAGAGCAGGAUUGCCUUUCAUGGCUCGGCCAGUAUUUUCCUACACAGUCAGAAACUCCACACGACUAGAGACACAUCCUUUGGGGAUAUUGUGUCUGCUCAUUUGCGCCCCAGCCCCAAUGCUCAGGAUGGAAAGACCAUUGUGAUGAGUCAACGCCCCUUCCUGCCUCCAAAAUCCCACUGGCAUGUUUUUAUGACGUCACUCCUAAAAAUUCAGCAAACUGGAACGGCUGGACCUUUGCUGCAGAGAGGGUGUGAAGAGGGUCUCUGAGGCAAUAGCCAGGCCCCCGGUACCUUCUAAGAAGGGACCCUAGGCCGCCACAUGUGCCUGGCCCCACCCGACCUGCUCACACCCCCUCUGCUGGACUUUGGGCUGAAUUUGUUUUUCCAAACCAAGAAGUAGUGGGGGAGCCAUCUUUUCCAGGCUGUUUUGGAAGGACAGCUAACUUUAGGCUGUAGGCAGGACUCCUAGGUCUCCCCAGCCUUUGGUUUUGUUCCAUUGACUCUGUCAGGCAAUCAGCCGCCUGGCCCCAUGUGCUGAUGUGUGACUUGGGCACCACAGGCUGCCUCCCCAGGCCCAACACACUCCUCUCUGCACCUGUGCCACGGCGUAGGCUCACACCUGGAUGACGCACCUGGCCCUGCUUGAUCUUCGGCCACUGCAUGGGCUGUGCAUAGGGGUGGGAAGGUGCAUUCAGCCAGGUCUUCCCUCCACCCCCACCACUAAGCAGACAUUCUGGAUCGAGUGGGUUUUGCUGUCCCAAACAGGAUGUCUAACAAUGGUGGCCGCUGAGGUCGGACUGGGAGGCUGGGUUCCUUGGGUGAGUGUGGACUCACCUUACAGGGGCCCUACCCACAUGGUAGGUGAGCUCACCGGCGUUUUGGGCACCUCUGCCUGGCUCUGUACCAGGACCCAUCUUUUCCGAUUUGAAGGCCCCACUAACACACAUGUAACAAGGGCCAUCCCGGUCACAGGCCUCAUGGCCACUGUCUUCCAGGGCGGAAGGAGAGGUGUGUCUGUGGGCACAUCCUCACUGCUGGGGCAUGGUGUGUGAUGUGUGUGCACGGAACUGUUAGUUCCCUUCUGGUGGAACUAAAUAUAUGGUAUAAUUGUUACAUAUAAUUUAAAAUGUAUCUGCUAUCAUAAUGAGAGUAUUGUAUGUAAGACUCCUUGGGGAGGAGAAGAUGUACAUUUUGUCAGACUCUCAUGGACUUUCUUUUGAUAAUGAAAUGCUUUAUUGAUCCAGUGGCGUCAAAACUACACUCUGUUCUCCAUCAUUGUCAUCAUGAUGCCUGAUGGGGGAUUUAGGUAAAAAAAAAAAAUGUUGACUGACUUUUACCUUCAUCACUAUAACCCAGAGUCUUUGUGCCACUGCUUUGUUGAGGUUGUGUUCUCUUUCAAUGGGACGUGGACUGGUCAAGGGUCUCAGGGCGCAGUUCUCAAGGAGCCAUCCCAGAUCAUUCUCUACAUGUUGAACUGCUUGCUGGAAGACCCACAAGGAGAUGGACGACCUUGGCUGUAAAGUCCAGGGGAUUUUCUCAGGGUGUGAGAGUCCAGCAGGCUCGGGAAGCAGGGCUCAGAAGACGCACUCAGACUUUGUUAAUUUAUUAACAAGGUAUAUGAUCUUGUGUUUCUUGAUGACAAACUUUUUAAUUUUGGGACUUAAUUUCCCAUUUGAGAAGUUAUAUAUAUUUAAAAUAAGUUUCCUGCUUAAGUUGUGCCUUUCAGCAUCAGUGGGUGUAAGGAGCACCGAGUGGGGUGACCCCUGGGAGGGUUGGGGUAUUACCAAACCGGAAGAGCUGUAGUUUCUUGGGUAAACUUUUUCUUCUACUGAACAUGGAGCCAUUGUUAAACAAGUUCUGUUUUUUAUUAUGUAAAUUGUAAAAUAUUUUUUGCUUGUUUGAUGCUCUAUUUUUCUAAUAGUUUUCUUAUAGUUUCUUACAAUUGUGAUACUAGAUUUAGAUUUUGACACUAACUGCAAAUCAAGUUGGUCUCUGCUGUUCCCUCCUGUUUUUAUUUUAUGUUAAGGAAAACAUAGAUGUUGUCCAUUGCCUUUAAAAAAUGUGGAACUCCCAUUGUUGCUGACAACACUCUACGUCAACAACUGCCCACCGUACUUUAUGUCCUACAACCAAACUAUUUCAUGGUACAUAACCUCGUGCUUCCACAAAUUCUAAUAAAUUCUGUCUGUGGCUUCA